UCGUAUUUUCUUUUCCCGUCUCUUUCUGGCCGCCGGAUCGAUUCGAAAUAAACAAGACCAGUGAGCCUAUUCUAGCUUGUCGCUGUGGACACUGUCGGGUCUUGUGCUUGAUUGUACCCAAAGCAGUCCGAGGGAGAGGGUCCUCCCCCUCAUCGCAACUGGUAUUUACGGGAGCCCAAUCGUAUAUUAUUUAUUUAUUUAUAUGUCUAGCCACAUAUUUAUUGUUUAAAUUUCCUUUUUCCUGGAGCAACUGCAAGGUGCCUUUUUCUGCUUUUUACCACCACCCAAAGUGUGGACCCAGCUGCAAAGAUCACCAAAGUUCAUGUAGCUACACCACCUGUUACCCAUGGCUGGUGCUUGAUGGAAACCUGAGUGCACAACAUCAGACUGCAUUAAACAUCUUAGCCUUUUGCCAUUUCACAUUCAUCUGUGUCUUUCAAAGCCAUGGCCAGCAAGAGAAAAUCCACCACCCCCUGCAUGAUCCCACUGAAAUCCAUGCAUGUGCAAGAGGAGGUGGAGCCAGAGGGUGAUCCACCAGACUGUUUGUCACAUCCAGGCAAGGACAGUAGCUCCCUCUCUGGGGAAGAGACAUGUGAACAGGGCACCCAGGAGGUAAUUGACCCCUCCAGGCCAGAUGGGGACAAUGCACUUGAGGAAUUAGGCACUUACAUCUGCCGACCAUGCGGUUUUGAAUCCCAAGACUUAAAUCUCUUCCUGGACCAUGUCUACAGUGGACACGCUGACUUCCGGGCUGAACCCAGCUUCCAUUGCGUGGACUGCGGGGUUUCCACUCAAAAGUUUGAAGGACUGGCGCUACACAAUGCCCGAGCUCACCCCAGUUCAGCAGCCACCACUCUGCAAGUAAGGAGGCGAGACCGGAGGCUCACAGUGGAGCAGAGCUUGGUUUUUGGCGAGGGGUCAAAGGAAUCUGAAAUCUCCAUCACCAAGACUCCCAUCAUGAAGAUGCUCAAGGGUAAGUCUGAACUCAAGAGAAUUGUUGUGUCCCAUACAGCAGAUGAGCAGAGCCUGGACUCUGUUGCCAACAAGGAGGCGGAGAAGAAAGACAUGCCUACAGUGACGCAUGUGCCCACCAUUGUCCACAACGGAGGACCCAGUAAGGUGACUGUCCCCUCAGCCAUACAGAUUGUGAAUAGCUCAGGAACACUGCCUGUGCUGAAGACCGGAAUCACGCAGGUGGUGUCCAUGGUGCAGAACCGGACUAUUCAUCAGCAAGCCCCCAUCUCAGCCUCCACAUCAACCUCCACCAGCAACUCUAGGAACCUACCAAAGGUGAUGAUCCCCCUGAGCAGCAUCCCAACCUACAACGCUGCCAUGGACACCAACAGCUUCCUCAAGACCUCCUUCAGCAAGUUUCCGUACCCCACCAAGGCCGAGCUCUGCUAUCUCACCGUGGUCACCAAAUACCCGGAGGAGCAGAUCAAGAUCUGGUUUACAGCACAGCGGCUCAAGCAGGGAAUCAGCUGGUCGCCAGAGGAGAUUGAGGACGCCCGCAGAAAGAUGUUCAACACCAUCAUACAGACUGCUCCCCCCACGCCGCAGCAGCAGCGCCACAGUCACCACACCUCCUCCCAGCACACCUUCACGGUCCUACCGGCCUCCCUGGGCCCCAGCGGCAUCCCACAAAUACUGCAGGGUAGCCUGAUGGGCCAGGGAGGGGUGAUCGUCACCCAACCAGUGAUGGCCAACGGGAUCCAAGUCAGCAGUGCCCCCGUUGCCUUGGCGGUCACCCCAAAACCCCAAGCAGCAACUAAGCCUCUGAUGCAAGCCAGGCCCGCCGCUGCUCUGGUUGCCGACAAGGGCCUUAGCAUGGUUGUGGGCACGGUUGGAAGCAGUAGCAGUGGCAGCACUGUCAUUACCAGCAACAUUGCCAGCAGUGUCAUUACUAGUAAUAGCAUCAGUAGAAACACCAGUGUUAUUAGCAUUACCGGAAGCAGUAGCAGUAACAACUACAACAACAACAGUAAAAGUAAUACCAGCAGCAAUAAUAACAGCAGCACCAGCAGUACAAGCAUCAGUACCAGUAGUACCAGCAGUACAAACAACAAUAGCAGCAACAGUAGUAACAACAGCAUCAGCAAGGUGACAGACUUGCAGCCACCAGCCCUCAGUGUUAGCCACAGCUCUCGCACACUCCCCAGUAGUUUCUUGGACCCUAGUUUCUACAAGAACAAGAAAUCACAGGAGCAGCUGAGUGCCCUCAAGCAGAGCUUCAUCCGUUGCCAGUUCCCCGGGCAGGAGGAGGUGGAGAGGCUCACUAAGAUCACUGGACUUACUGUGCGUGAAGUGCGUAAGUGGUUCAGCGACCGGCGCUACCACUACCGCAACCUUAAGGGUUCGCGCUCUGGUGUAGGAGGCCUAUUCAGCGGGAACUCUUUGCUGGACCUUGCUGACAGCCCUAGCUCCUCCGAAAGCCCCAAAGCCAAUCAGUCUGCACAAAGCCCUCCACGGCAACAGCAGCAGCAAAUGUCUCCAUCUACCCCAACCCGCCGAGCUCCACGGCAACAGACCCCCGAUUUCACAGCCAUCCGUUACAAGGAACGAGACCCCCAGCAGGUGCGUGCUCUAGAGGCCAGCUUUGGCCAGGACCCCUCGCCCUCAGAGGAAGAGGUGGGCCGGCUGCGUGCCGAGACAAAAAUGACCCGACGUGAGAUCGACGGCUGGUUUUCAGAGCGCCGGAAGAAGGCAGCAGCUGAGAAAAAGAAAGAGGAGGCGGAGAGGGCAGAGGAAGACAAUCUCACUGAGCAGGAUGCCGAGGCGAAAUGCGGCAUGGAGGAUUCUCCACAGACAUCCUCACAGCAACACGUCAAGGAAGAGAAACACAAGGACGAGGCAUCCUGCUCCACACCCAAAGUCAACCCCAUAAAAAUUAACCUGAAGAUGCUCAAGGUGACAGAGUCCAGUGGGGCUGAACCUGAGAGUGCCCAGGCAGCAAAGGUGGAGAGCCAAACGACUCCACCGCCAUCCACCUCCUCCAGUGAUGGAAAGAACUUGCCCGACCCAUUUCAUCUGCUCAAGCAGUUUUUUGUGCGAGCCCGCUGGCCCAACAGCGCCCAGCAUGACGAUCUUUCUGCCAGAAGCGGGCUACCGCGAGCAGAGGUGGUGCGCUGGUUUGGCGAUGCCCGCUACAGCCACAAGAACGGGCAGCUCAAGUGGCUGGAGAGCUACCAGCAGAUGGCAGAGGAGAGGAAGGACCGAGAGAAGGCUGAAAGCACCGUGCUGAAGGAUCACUUGUCUCUGCAUGGGAAACUGGAGGAGGAGCACGUGAAGGGGCUGGUGGAGUUGAGCGGGCUCAGCGAGGAGCAGGUCCGCCGCUGGUUCGCCACACAGGGGCCCUCGCUGCUGGAGAGCGAGGUGGCAGCGACAGCAGAGCCAGUACUGCAGGACCAAAGGGCUGUGAAGGAGCAGCAGAACAAAGCAACCGCUGAUGCUGCGGUCUUGAUUAAUGACACUGCACUGGCCACCAAUUCCCAGUCUGUGAAUCCCAAGCAAGGUACAGAUUGAAGAGUAGGCGGUGCCCCAAGGAUGAGACCUGUGGUUAGAAGAUAGCCUUUUUGGGAGCUUUCAAAAUGACAGCAGACAACUGUAUUGCUGGAGACCGUAAAUAAUCCCAACCCCCCUCUGAAGUCUCUUUGUGAAAGAGUACCAGAGUUCCCCUGUCUGGGCGAUUGAGACACUCCUCCCCCCAUCCACAUGGCUGUCCGGCCACUGAGAGACUGACUGCUUCAUGGGGAGAGGGACGGGCAAGAGCACUGGCCAACAUGGAGCGCACAAAUGGGAUGGAUAUUGACCAAGUCAAUCCAAUGAAGAGGAUCAUGACACUGCAGAAAGAACCAUUCGUCAGGAAGAUGGAGUGCAUGACAGAAACAAGAGCAAAGGGGUUUCAUUCAUGACUGAAAAGUAUGUCUAGGACAUGUUUACUGUAUUUUAAAUUUUUAGCAACCAGUACUUCAGCACAGCUGUAUUCUUAUCUUGGAUUCUGGAACUUAACGUAAAAAAAGAAAGAAAAGAAAUAGGUAAGCUUUACCGGAUUUGAAAUUUACCAAGGCUUGUUUCCAUUUUUACGGAUCACACUAUUUGCAGAAUAAAACAUGAACCGAAUGAGUGUUUUUCUACUACGUCUCCAUAAUCGACCAAUUGCACAGUUGAAAAUAAACUGGACAAAAACAUA